UCUGUACAAUUGAAUGGCGCUCGUCGACUGUGGAUGCCCCUGAUCUGGCAUCGCAUCCAAUCUCACAUCCUCACCAUUUCCUGCCUUCGAAUCCUCCACACCACACGCUCUAUCUCCCCCUCCACGCUGGUUCGGCCCGUGGUCCUGCUACGGACGCGCCCGACCUCCAUGGCGGGCGCUGACCAAAAGUCCUUCCUGGGGACACUCUCUCCGUGGAGUACCCCGAGAAGCUCCACUCCCCAGCCUUCCGAUCGCCUACCAGGGAACCCAGACGUCUUGCAACGGUCGCAGGGAGAGGACCAUACGGUGACCCACCGACAUAAGUUGAGCCUGCGACACUACCCACCAGACUGUCCGCCAUUGAAAGUGAGAUGGUUCUAUGCCGUGGACUCGCCCAAGCGAAAGCCUGCUCUGCUGGACCAGAACAAACCCGACCAGAAGCCGCCGCCUCCACCCAAGAAGUUCAUUCCCUUCUCACCCCGCGACUCGCAGUCAAUUGAAGCUACUUUUCAGAAGCUGUCGGAGAUUGAAGACUCCAAGGUGGACGAAGAGACAAGACGAGCUGCGUUAGAACAAGUGUCGACGAAAGUACCGGUGAAUGAGGAUUUUCUGUUCGAUGUGGAUGUGGAAGCUCGAGAGCUCAGCCCUGCUUACUGGAUUGGUCCUGUAUACGAAGUUCGGCGUGGAACGUGGUUCUUCCAGGAAGGAUCAUUCGUUAAGCCAUGCGAGGAGAACCUGGCUACACAACUUGAGGAGGGUUAUGUGAAGCUACGGCCAUGGAAAAUCGAUGCUGGGGAAGGAGAGGAAGGUAGAUCGCCCGAUGCCCCCUCAAAGGAGGGUCACAGUCGAGCAAAGGUGGGCACAGGCUCCGAAUACAAUGCACAGGACACUCCCCGAUCUACAAAACCUUGCGAUAGGUCUCAACCCAUAGGAAACGCAUCGACUGCAACUCCUUCAGACAGCCCACAGUAUCGCCUGUUUGGAGCCUACAUGAACAGGAUUGUCGCAUAUCAGGAUGAGUCGACAGCUUGGCUUAACACUGACGAUUUCAUGUCGCGUAUGAGCACCACCGUGUAUCAAACACUCGGCCGUACCCCGGGCGAUAAAUUAGUCCGUGGAUAUGGGGAGACCCGACGACCAAGGGAACCACUCGAAACUCGGGUCUCGGAGCGCAAGAAGGGCGAGAAGGUACCAGGGACCCCUCGUCGUGAGACCAUUCGCACUUCUAAUACUGCACCAAAUUCGAGACCCAAUUCAGCGGACAUGUCAGGAACCGAAGCUGAAGCCGAAGCUAUAGCGAGGCGCCCCAUCUCAACUUUAGAACGGCAGAUGUCCUCUCUUGCGGGUGAACCUCAGAAUCCAGCAGAACUCGAAGAACAGGCUCGUAGACAGGAAGAGCAAGAGAUGGAGGAUUCCAGGGAAGUUGACAGUGAAGAUCAAGACCGAGAUGUCGAUCAUUUGGUGCUGGUCACCCAUGGCAUCGGCCAGCGGCUCGGCUUGCGAUUGGAGAGUAUCAACUUCAUACACGACGUCAAUGUGCUUCGCAAGACGUUCAAGGGAGUCUACAAAGCCUCACCCGAUCUUCAAGCAUUGAACUCUGCCUUCCCAGACAACACUAGUAACUGUCGCGUUCAAGUGCUUCCUGUUUGCUGGCGUCAUCUUCUUGAUUUCCCGUACCGUGAAGUUCGACAAAACCGAAAGGAACUCGAUCUGACGGAUGCGGAUACCUUCGAAGACGAUGCCUACCCCAGUCUAGCUGAUAUCACCCUGGAAAGUGUCCCCGCCGUUCGAAACCUCAUUUCGGACUUGGCAAUGGAUGUCCUACUCUACCAAAGUGGAUAUUGUGAGCACAUUGCCAACAUCGUGAAGCAAGAAUGCAACCGAAUUCUUGAGCUAUACAAGAAGCGGAAUCCAUCUUUCAAUGGGACCGUGAGCCUUUGCGGUCACUCACUCGGAAGCGCCAUUCUGUUUGACAUCCUAUGCAACCAACCCUCUGAUGUAAAUAUCGCCAAGGGCAGCAGAGCGACCGCUCGGGGCAGUGAUGAUAUGGCCGAUCAACGAGGAGGAACGCAGAGUGCACUUAACUUUGACUGCGAGGAAUUCUUCUGCCUGGGAUCCCCCAUUGCGCUCUUCCAGAUGCUGAAAGGAAAGACUGUUGCUGGGUAUUCUCCCCUAGGAGUCAGAGGUCGCAAGAGUGCGUUAGAUGUUGGUGACAUUGGAUCUCCGCGACUGGGCUCUAUGCGAUCCUCUAAGCGAGAUUCACAUGGGAGCAGUCGGGAUUUGACUGAAAGCUCGGCCAUCAUCUCCGCGCCCAAAUGCCGGGACCUCUACAAUAUCUUCCACCCCUCGGAUCCCGUGAGUUAUCGGAUUGAGCCUCUUAUCUCGCAGGCGAUGGCCAGUCUCAAGCCCCAGCCGCUGCCCUCCGUCAAGAAAAGCCUGUGGACGACCUCUGGACAGAGUCUUUCUAUUCUGGGGAGCCGCAUGGGCCAGAGUGUCGGCUCUCUUUGGAGUAACUUUACCUCUGGCGUCGCGAGCAGUCUGUUGAAUCGCAGCCUGGGGCUGAAUGCCGAAGAUGUCUCUACUUCUCGGAGUACAGCUAGCGGCAAACCAACCGAGGAUCCAGCAGGACACAGGCGAACCCAGUCGGGUACUAGCCUCCAUAGCACUUCGCAUGAUUCUGAUGACCAUUGUGAGACACUUAUCGAUCAUGAUCUCGAAACCUUGUAUGAUGGCUUCCAGAAGAGCCGGACCACCCAUAAAAGGGACCCGGCACGAUCUUCUGGCGAGCCCGAAUCGGGACUCGACUCGGAAGACCAGGAGCGCAAGUUGAAAUUCGAAGAUGCCAAGGUUCGAUCGUUGAAUUCCAAUGGCCGCGUGGAUUACAGCAUUCAAGAGGGCGCAUUUGAUAUUUCCUUGAUUGCCAGUAUUGCCAGUCAUCUUACGUAUUGGGGGGAUGAGGAUGUGAAUCACUUUAUGCUCUCCCAGAUGCUGUCGCGCAAGUCGCGACAUCGACUCAAGGGAAGCAGUGCGGCAGAGAAACCAUAA